AUGUCGAACUUGCAACAAUCGUACAAUGCUGGACAGACCAAGGGCCAAGCUAAUGUCUCUUCUUCCAUCCAAUUUCUUGAGAAGGCAGAGCAAUGGACAGAAUCUGCCAAGGAAACUGCACAUAGUGCUCGCGACAAGACUGCUAACGCGGCUCAGUCCACCAAAGAAUCUGCCCAACACGGUCAACAACAAGCCUCUGGUUUCAUCCAACAAACUGGAGAGUCAGUGAAGAAUAUGGCUCAAGGUGCUGUUGAUGGUGUCAAGAACACUCUUGGCAUCAAUGAGAAGAAAUGA